AUUAUUGAAAUGUUUUUAUUUUUCAUACACAGUUUAUUAUAGGGUAUUUUACUUAAAUUUGUGGAUUACAAAAAAUAAUCAAACAUUGUUGGAAUCAUAAGGAGAGCCAAGCAUUAAUCAUGCUUCGUAAUAUAGGCAAUCUUGCACGGCAACAUCUAAUUGUUGAUCUGAAAACUGCUGUGCCGACAAUAUCCAGAUCAAAUUAUUCUACAACUGGAGGUAAUGAUGAUCCAAAUUUCUUUGAUAUGGUUGGAGAAUAUUUCGAGCAUGGCGCAAGGCUUGUUGAAGAUAAAUUAGUGGAUACAUUAUAUAAUCAGACAGAUACUAGAGGACCACAAAGUCGUCGUCUACCUGCUGAGCAAAUGCAUAGUCGUGUACAGGGAAUUUUUCAAAUGAUGAGGCCAUGCAAUCAUAUUUUAGAGGUAACUUUUCCUCUGAGAAAAGACAAUGGUGAAUAUGAGAUUAUUACUGGCUACAGAGCACAACACAGUCAACACAGAGUUCCAUCUAAAGGAGGUAUGAGGUAUGCUCCUGAUGUAAAUGUGGAUGAGGUGAAAGCACUGGCAUCCUUAAUGACAUGGAAAUGUGCUGUUGUUGAUGUUCCUUUUGGAGGAGCAAAAGCUGGAAUUAAAAUUGAUCCAAGAAAUUAUUCUGAAAGAGAAUUAGAAAAGAUAACAAGACGUUUUGCAAUGGAGCUUGCCAAAAAGGGAUUUUUAGGACCUGGAAUUGAUGUCCCAGCCCCAGACGUUAACACCGGUCCCAGAGAAAUGUGUUGGAUGGCUGACACAUAUGCAAUGACCCAUGGCUAUGGGGAUUUAAAUGCUCAUGCUUGCGUAACUGGGAAACCAAUUACACAGGGUGGAAUUCAUGGUCGCGUAUCUGCAACCGGUAGAGGUCUUUUUCAUGGAAUAGAAAACUUCAUAAAUGAAGCAACUUUUAUGAGUGCUAUUGGCACUACCCCAGGAUUCCAGGACAAAACCUUCAUUGUGCAAGGAUGUGGUAAUGUUGGUUUACAUAGCAUGAGAUAUUUGCACAGACAUGGUGCUAGAUGUAUUGGCAUUAUUGAAUAUGAUGGAAGCAUUUACAAUGAACAAGGAAUUGAUCCAAGAGAAUUGGAAGAAUAUAAACUGCAAACAGGUACAGUUGUUGGAUUCCCAGGCGCUUCUGAAUACAAGGGGGAAAGCUUGUUAGAAGAGGAAUGUGAUAUACUCUUACCUUGUGCUAAGGAAAAGGCGAUUACUGCUGAGAAUGCAACAAGAAUUAAAGCCAGAAUAAUAGGAGAAGGUGCAAAUGGACCAAUCACCCCUGCAGCUGACAAGAUAUUGCUUGAGAUGAACAAGCUUAUUAUUCCUGAUUUGUAUUUGAACGCUGGUGGUGUCACUGUCUCCUAUUUCGAGUGGUUGAAAAACCUCAACCACGUAAGUUAUGGACGUCUGUCAUUUAAAUAUGAGAGAGAUGCAAACUACGAUCUGCUAGACAGUGUACAGCAAAGUUUAGAGAGAAAAUUUGGAAAAUAUGGAGGAAAGAUUCCAGUCACUCCCUCAGAAAUGUUUCAAAAGAAAAUUGCUGGUGCAUCUGAAAAGGAUAUUGUACAUUCCGGACUUUCAUACACAAUGGAGAGAUCAGCCAGGCAAAUCAUGAGGACUGCCAUGAAUUACAACUUGGGUUUGGACCUUCGCACUGCCGCCUAUGUUAAUGCAAUUGAGAAAGUCUUCAAAGUAUACAACGAAGCCGGACUUACUUUUGCCUAAAGUAGAAGGAUACAUAUCAUUAGUGACUUUAUUUUCCCACUUGUUUCAGCUAGAUUUGAAUACCUAUCGGCCAAUCAAUUGUGGUAAUAUGAUAUAUUGAGCUUAUUGCUUUAUUAACCAAGUUCUCACUUUUGAUCGACCAAUCUUUCUUUGAGAUUCAAUUUUUCCCAAACAUUCGCAUCAUCUCAUCUUCCCCUAUGUAAUCAGAUAUAUUAAUAAGUAGUAGAGUAAAUAAAAAUAAUUAUCGCACAUA